CUGGAGUUCCUGCCACAUUCCCAGAGCCCCUCCACUCCCCCUUUCUCUCUUCACAGCAGCGCCAGCAGCGUGUGUGGGGAGCGGGCAGUCUUCGGCCAGCUCCCGGAUCUUGUUAGACCAUUUGCCCUAGGCUCAAAGCUGCUCCACAGGUAUCAUGCGAAGCACCCUGCUCUUCGUAGCCAUCCUGGCCCUCAGCUUGGCUCGGAGUUUGGGGGCUGCCUGUGAGGAGUCUCAGGAGCAGCUGAUGCCCGGUGGGGGCCACAGUAAGGACUCAAAUCUCUACCAGCUGCCCUCGUCGUUGCUCCGGAAACUCUGUGACAGCCGCUCCAUCUCCCUGGAUGGAUUGCUCAAAAUGCUGAGCAAGGCUAGCGUGGGUGCUAAGGAAUCAUCGCUUCCCCAGAAACGUGACAUGCAUGACUUCUUUGUGGGUCUUAUGGGCAAGAGGAACAUCCAGCCAGGCACUCCUGUUGAUGGGAACCAAGAGAACGUUCCCAGCCUUGGCACCUUCAAGUAUCCCCCCAGUGUGGAGUGAGCACUCCACCUCUGGACUCCUGGGCUGCAUCCUGAAGACACCUGUAACCCUUUCCCAAGCCCCAGGUGCAUGUGCUCCUAUUUCCCUUCCUCUUCCCCAUCCUUGUAACCCCCUUGUACUUUGACUCCUUCCACAUCCCUCUACCCCCACCGUCUGUAGAAACUGCCUAGUGAGCAUCCCCCGUUCCUGUGGGCAUUGACUAUAGGUUGCCCUGGAGUUUCUGUAACGUCCUAAAAACAUGAAGUUUCCCGCCGCCCCUUAACAAUAAAGGAUUUUUACAUAUUA